AAAAAAAAUACUGUAUGUAGCUAUCUCUAGGCCAAAGGCCUCCAAAGCAGCCGGCACGACGGGCGUCACCCUUUUGCCAAGCCCAGCAUUUCGGGGAAAGGAAACACCCCGGGAGGGAUCUGGUGACGCCAGAUCCCAGAUCGCCGUCCCUCGCCGCGCCUCAAGCGGGGCUGGCCGGGGACGGGAGGGCGCCGUGGUCCGGUUUUGCAAGCGGGAGGGCAGCUCGGGCCAUGGAGCGGGGCGCCGGGCCAGCCGUGCUGGUCACCUCUCGGCCUCUUGAGAAUACUCACACUGGGGUAGACCUCUCGGUUCCAGCGUUCCAACUGAUCCGGGGGAAAAUGCUGUCUGGCCAUGCCGAAUACAACAUUGUCGUUGUCGCUCAGCUGGCUGCCUUCAAAUCAGCAAAACACAAACCUGAGGACAUCAUUCAGUUUAUGGUCUCAAAGACGUACAGUGAAAUUGAAGAGUUUUAUCAGAAACUGGUCACACGUUACCCUCAAACCGCUCUGCCGCCACUGCCGAGGAAAGUGAUGUUUGUGUCGGAAUCCGAAAUUCGGGAACGAAGAGCUGCCUUCAAUAAGAUCAUGAGAUCCAUCUCAAAGGAACCUGGCCUAGCAACAAGCCCUGAAUUGCUGGAAUUCCUAGGCACCAGGUCCACCUGUGUCACUGAUGUCAAAAGUAAAAACCUUCCUGAUGAGGAAGAAGAUAAGGACGAUGAAUUCGUAAUAGGACCCUUUUCAUGUGAAGAUGUUACAGUGGGAGAAGAAGAAGCAGCAGCAGAAGAAAAAGAAUCAGAGGAGGAGGAGGAAGAAGAAGAUGAUGGUGAUCCACUUGGUGUUCUCAAAUCUAAAAAGACCAAGAAGUCCAGACAGUCUCAAGUCCAAAAAGAUAAGCCAAAGUUAACCCUUUUUGACGAAGAAGUGGAUCCAGGUGAAGGACUAUUUGGAUCAGCUAAAGAUUCUCCAUUUGUCAGGAACAAGAGGAUAUUGGCAGCAAAAGGAAACGAUCUGAAAUUGUUCGAAGAUCCAGACCUUGGCGAGAGGGUAACUGUAGGUGACCCACUGCUGUUGCCGUCUGCCUGCGUGAGCCAAGAACUUGCAUUAAACUCACGCGUUGAAGAGGACACGGACGAACUCUUGAGAGUGGAAGAGGACUUUGAGAAAAUGUGGAAGCUGAGCUCUAGAUCCAAACCCAAGCCGCCACCUAAGCCAAUUGUACCCAAGAAGCCUACAGAAGCUGUUGCCAAACUAUCAUCAUCCUCAGGCCAAAAAGCGCAGCAAACAGGAAUGAAGGUCGAAGCCAUGGGGGAGGUGGACAUUCUGAAGUACAUUCAAGAAAAUGAAUCCGUCAGCAGUGAAGAACCAAGCCUUUUCUGAACUGUAGACUACGCAGGAGCAUUCUCAGGAAAACAUUGUUAGAAAAUAAUGUUUAUUAACCAUAUUAAUCAUGAAAUGCAUUAAUAAGAGGCACAUGGGGCUUAUAGUUUGACCUCGCUUACAAAGGCGAAGCUUCUGACCAGCAGAUAUUGAGAAACGGUUGCAGAAUUCUGGAAAUUAACCACAGAAAUUGACCACUGCAACACAUGAUCAAAGGUGCGACUUGACCGGAAGUCUAUCCGAAGCCGCAAAAUGGACUGUCUGAAAUGUGUUGCAGCUUAGAUAAGAAAGCCUCAAAUUAUAACCGAUAAAUAUGUAAGUGACAUGAUGUCUGUGAUGGACACGUGUUCUGAAAAGGGGAUAAAAAUCUGUGAUUUGGGGAAUCUGAUUUGGGGCAGAAAGUAUUUUGGCCCAGAUUGGACCUGAGGGCUCUUAGCCAUUCUAUUAUCAUGGUCUUAAAUAAAUACACAAGCCUGUGUUGGAGAACAA